CCCAGUUUGACCGAUGAACUGUGCAGGUAGACAAUUUGCACAGGCGCCAUACAUUUAAAUUGCGGAUUCCACACUAACAUCACAACUGUUUGCGUAUACAAUGCGCCUUCUUACGAUCGUGCUAUAUGCGAGCGUGUUCUGUUCACUUCCAUGGUGUUUGCGUUGUGAAGAAGGAAAAAACGAUCCAUCGAAUGGGUUCGGGCAACACGUACACCCCACGCUAAAUGCAAGAUGGACUUCGGUGAUACCGAAUAAGCAAAGUCUAUGGAUGAACGUAUCAGGCAGGCUGCAUUGUGCACGCCGUGAAAAUGCCACGCAGAGAGCUCAGCGACCAACAAUCAGACAUGCCUGGUCAAACCAAGAAAAACUGCCCAAAUUUUACAAUGCAACUGACCACUACAAGAAUGAGUGUCCCGGAAUACGGGAAAUCUGGGACCAGUCACAAUGUGGUUCCUGUUGGGCUGUGGCAGCGGUGGCAGCGAUGAGUGAUCGGAUUUGCAUUCGCAGUCUACAGAUGGGCAAAGCAAAUGUAUCGUUCCACUUGAGCGCUGUGGAUUUGAUCAGCUGCUGUUCCAGCUGCGGGGAAGGGUGCUUCGGUGGUUGGCCGGCCAUGGCUUGGGACUAUUGGAAGAACAACGGCAUCGUUACGGGGGGCACUUGGGAGAACCAAUUCGGCUGUCGCUCGUAUCCGUUCCCAGCGUGCGGGCAGCCGGAAGCGCUUUUUGAUUGUAGUGGAGAGUUCUUUUUCACUCCACAGUGCUUUGACUUCUGUGCCGGACCGAACGUUGACUAUGCAGCAAGUAAAACCUUUGGUGCCGCGUCUUAUAACGUUCCAUCAAAUGCCAAUGAUAUCAUGUUGGAAAUAAAGAAACACGGACCUGUUGAAGCUACGAUUGACGUGUACGCUGACUUUAUGGGAUAUCGCAGUGGCAUCUAUUUCCAUGCGUGGGGCGGGUACCAAGGCGGACACGCUGUACGCAUCGUCGGCUGGGGAGAGGAGAACGGAGUGCCUUAUUGGCUUGUUGCGAACUCUUGGGGCGCGACAUGGGGAGAAGGAGGAUAUGUUCGGUUUCUUCGAGGAGAGAAUGAAUGCGGUAUCGAGGAAGGUGUCGUCGCCGGGACUCCGGACCUGAGAAAGCUGUGGAAAAUGAUUGACUAAACGUGUAACCUUCAGUGAGUACUAUCCCGAUGUAGUGAGGUUGCACGGAGUUUCUUGAUUGAAUGACUGUUUCUUUAGUAGAUAACCCAAAAGUGUUGAGUUGUGUUAUCCCUUCUUGAGGAAACAGACACAAAAUCAUUCCGUCUUUCAAACAACAUUAAAAUAAACGAUAUAUA